AGCAAACAUUUCCAAACAAUUUUAUUAUGAUUGAAAAAAUAUCAAUUAAAUCGAGUUAUAGGACGUAAAAACAGCAAAAUUCUAUCCAAAAACAAGCAAAAAUAAAAGUAUUCGACAUGGAAGCUGUCAGUGAUCAGCCAAAUUCAGACAUUCAAAUUGUCAAAGAUGCAGAAGUGUUGAAGGAAGUUCUCGACGAAGUCACUCCAAUGGACACAAUCGAUUGCAACGAAAAGGAGGAAAUUGCUCCCGCGACAACAAAUGGCAAUGCAGAAACAACAACGACGGGCGACGAGGCAAUUAUUGAGCUACAAUCCGAAACGAGCUCCUUCACAAGUGAAAAAACGCAGGUUUUACUUUCACAAAAAUCCGAUGUCAGUGUCGAUAAUGUAUCAGCUUUUAACUCGCAAGAAGAGGCAGCUUCCUUAAAAGGUGAAAAAAGCGGGGAAAUUAAGUUGAAUGUCACAUCUGAGCUGAUUGAAAAUCCUUUGAGCGACGAUGGCGAAGUUGUAACGUCGCAAGAAGAUGCCGCAGUUACGAUUACAAGCGACGAAGAACGCCAAUCCGAGGUUUUUACAGAUGCGGUAGUUACGGAAGACGAGUCUGACAUGUUUUUGUCGCCAUCGGAAGUGCUGUCGUCGCAAGAUCGCAGCGAAAAUGGCGAGUUACCUACGGAAGAGGAAGAAAUUAAGAAUGAAAUUGACGAAAAUUUACAAGAAAUGAACGUACCUGAAGAAGAAGAAGAGAAAUUAAGAGACGUCAUCGAGUUAGAUGACUCGGAUGAGGAUGACGAAGGAGAAAAUGAUGGAAGGAGUGAAGAAGAAGAAUAUUCCGAAGACGAUUCCGAAGGACAGGAAUACGGCGAAGAAUAUGAGGAUGAAGACAUCCAAAUGGUUGUCAAUCCUGCCAGUGCCAAAGCUGAAGGAAAGAAGCGUCAAUACAAACCGCAAGACCUCAAUCGACUCUUUUUGUCGCAAAUCAAACGUCGCAGCGUGCGAAUGUUGAACUGUCGUCGUUACAGUCAAAAACGAAAAAUAAUGCAGAUUAUGGACGAUGCCGGCGAAGCAGCACUCGAACUUGAAUCGACAAUACCGAAUAACGGAUCGCCGGAAAUUGUAAAGCCAAAAGUUGCGUCGCCCACGUCGGAGCAAAAUGACGAAAAAGAGAAUACAGAUCCGCUGGAGUCGAAUCACGCCACGGAAUCUCUCGUUUCGAGCGAAGAAUCAAAGGAAAUUGUCGAAAAUUCGGAGACAAAAUCCUUCGAUGAUGAGGAAGAAGAGCAAGAAGUCGAGAGUAUUAGCAAGAAUGAUGAUUCGAUACAAAUGAUCGACAGCGAAGAUGAAGUAACGAACGAAUCUGUGCCAGAAGUGAAAACUGAGGUUGCGACGAAGGAAAAGGAAGAAAAAGUCGCAACUGAGUCUGAGACGAAAAAAAUCGAAGACAACAUAAAAGACGCUUUUCUCGAAGAUUUGGGAAGUGACGAUGCAGCUGAUACGAAAAAAGCUCCUUCGGUUACGGAAGAAAAUUUAUACGACGAUAUUGAGCAAGAAUUAGAGCCUCACGUUGUGAAUUUAACGAAAGCUGUGUCUGUUGAGCAGAACAGCAACAAAGAACCUCCGUCGAAGAAGAAGGAGGAGGAAAUUGUUUCAAAAACAGAAGUUACCACAAUAAACGACGUCGAAGAAAAAUCCAUCAAAAAAGAAAUUAACCAAGAAGUGACGAAAGAAGCUUCAAGCAAACGUCGUCGAUCGCCAUCUCCCGAAAAAAGUCCCGAAUCCGAGAGACAAAGUCCCGUAACGAACAUUCAACCGUCCAAAAAGCUCCGACUCGAACUGGAAAACAACUAUGGGCGUCACGACAAGCUUUUGCGCGAAUAUAUCGAGAAAUCGGGUCGCAACAAGAACGUUGACGACGUCAAAGAAAGCAUCAGUGUCCUUGAGUCGGAGAUAAAGUCUCUCGAUGCAAUGUUGCGUGCCAAAGAAGACGAAUGGAAUAACAUUUUGCACAUGAAGCUCGUAAAGGAGGAAAUUCGUUUGCGACUUGUGCGACGAAAGGAAACGCUCGAGAUGAAAUUGACGGAUCCCGUGAACAUUUUGAGCGGCGAAGCCACGAACAACGUCGGAUUCCAAAGUUCAACGCCAUUACCAAAUAAAUCGCAGACAUCAUUUAAUGCCCCGUUAUUGCAAGAAAGUCUCAAAAGAGAUCGAAAUACGAGCGCAAUUCAAAAUAUAACGCAACAAGUCACAAUGAUGCCACUUAACAACACGAACAACUCGUCAACGCAAUCGAUUUUGCAGCAACGAGCCAAUAUGAAGGGCACGGAUUUGGUCAAAGAGAAACAAGCUGCUGCAAAAAUUCAAAGUUCUCUCAUCCGCAGGAACAUUCUGCCGAGACCGACGACACUUCCGAAUCACGAGCAAAUUUUGAGGAAUUUGGCAAUGUCAUCGGCAACGUCAACGGCUUUCCAGCAGCAGCAACUCAACGAAUUAUUCAAUGGGCAUUCCAAAAUCAACAUGGGACGUCAGGGACCAACCAAAGAUGUGAGCAGUAUCAUUGCUGAUUUCCGUGAAAAGAAUCCCGAUGUUCCGCCGAGGCGUGGGCGACGCGUCAAAGGAAAUAAUGUUGAUUUGUUCUAUCAACUAUUGGAACAGAAUUCUCGACCCUCGAGUGCUGAUUCGUCGCACAGUGCAUCAGCAGCUGCCAUUUCAGCAAAUGCCCAGUUCAAGGACAUCUUGGCGCAAUACGCGAAAAUGACGAAUGCCGAACAACAACUUUACGGAUCGAAAAAUAGCAUUAUUUCGGCGCUAAAUAUGAUGACACAGGCAGCUGCCCAACAAAACUCUGCAGGAAAUUCAGCGUCGAGCAACAAUAAACCACCGCCAUAUCCAGAAGUAACGCUUCAUCCCGUCAUGAAUGCCUCGGAUAACGGAAAUUCGUCGUUAUUACAUGGAAUUUUAACAAAGACACAAAAUCGCGGAGGCAACAAUCAAGCCGCAAAUGUCGCAAACGCCGCCGCAGCAGCUAACUUUACAAAUUAUUCGCCAACAUUAGCACGACUUUUAACCUCACCAGAACGCAUUUCGCCGCAAAAUCUACCAAAUUACACGCAGGCAUCAAAUAACAGUGCACUCGCAGGUCUUACAGCAAGCGGAUUGGGAUUGUCGAACAAAAACAGCGAGAUCACAAUUACGCCAGUUGUUAAUUCCCAAUCGUUACAACAAACACUUUUGCAGCAACAACAAAAAUUUCAAUUGGACGACGACAAUGACGACAACAGCACAGAUCGACUCGUAAUCGACGAAGGCGACAAUCAACAAAGUCUUCUCGGGCGAAACACAACGGAGGAAAUGCAAGAAAGCGAAGUUCCCGAAUGUCAAGGAUGUCGAAAACGUGAAGCGCAAUUUGUCUGUGCAGGUUGUGGCAAUCAAUGGUAUUGCAGUAGAGAGUGUCAAGUUCAAGCAUGGGACGAACACAGCGAAAAUUGUUCUGGCUAAGAAAAUUACUGAUAAAAAUAACUUAUUUACAACCGUUAGACAUUAUCCAAUUACUACAUUGAUCGUUCCUUUCGCCACAGAAAGAAAGAAAAGCAUUUCUUGGUUCAUAUUUUUAAGUUUUUCGAUAAAAAUUAAAAAUUAGACGAUGAAAAAUUCGUAAAAAAAUAUAAUUUAUCAUAUUAACUAAAAUAUUUUUACAUAAAAAAAAAUCUAAAAAUUGUAGAAUUAGAGAGUUGUAAUUAUUUAUAAGUUUAGAGAGAUGUUUAAUGUGUAAAUAGAAACAUGUAUAAUAAUAAAAGAAAU